AUGUUCUCCCUCAUCUCCAAUCGAUCAAAAACCUUAACAAUUUCUGCAAACUUCAAACCUGAGAACGAUCUAAAGGUUCUGUACGCCAGAGAAUUCACUUUUGAGCUUCAUUUGGCAAAUCGUGAUGGCAUUGAAUUCAGUUUAUACGAUAGGAGACUGAGGAAUAGGAGUAGCGGUCGUCUCCCAAUCGUGGAUCUUUCUCACUUUGUUUUCUCUACCGUACAAGCCGACCAGUACAGAAAGAUAGAUGAACUGAUAGAGUACAAAGAGUCGAAGGGGUGGACAGCUCGACAAUACCUUCUUCAUUUUUUGGACAUUCUCCAUCAACCAGAUGUCUACUUCUACUAUAGAGAUCCAAGUUUCAGUGCUGAUAGUGUUUCGAAAACUAUGAAGGGGGUCACGGUGAAGAGGCUUUGCACUUAUGGGGAAUUCGAAUUCGAGAAGACAAUGAAGGCCUUGAAUCACCCCAGUGAGAUCUGGUUUGACAUAGAUCCGUUUACGAGUCACGAGUCUCUCAGCAAAUGCUACAUACAAAACCUUGAUUAUUUAAAUUUGGCUAAGGGAUUUAUGGUGAAGCUCGACGAUCUGUUGCUGAUGAACUGCAAAAAUAUUGGUGCAUACUCAAGACUUCGUGAGAAACAUCUGAACAUUUAUAUCAGAUCAUGGCUCCAAGGACAGAAAGAGGAGUUGGAGCAUGUCUGUUUGGUGGGGCAUCGAGUCUACUGUGGAGAAGUGGAUCCAUUUAACAAGGAAAUCGUGCUGAAAGGAUUGAAGUAUACUACCGUUCCAGAUGAUGUGGAAAGAUUAUUCUAUUGUUCCGUUCCCGAUACAGAUGGAAAACGGAUGAAAACUAUAGAAGGAGGAUUUGAUAUCAAGAGAAAAGAUGGGAAGCUGGUGACAAUUGUUCUGAAAAACGACUGGCCGUGGUUCGAAAUGUAUGUAUGGCCCAAUGACCAAUAA